CAGUGUAUGAGCGACGGGUGUGUGUUGUUGUCCUAAACGUGCAUGAAAACGAUGAAAGCCUGCCUAACUUCCCUUACUCCAGUUCAUGCACUGUGCAAGUCUGCAAAACCUGAUUAGUGGAAAAGUGGUUGCGAGCUCGACGCGCUCCCUUUAACUCAACUCUUGAGAUGAGUUUCAGUUUUCUCCUCUACUAUAAACGCUGGUUCAUUGCUCCGUAGCUAUAUGCAUGUGCCGUGAUAAAUAUAAUUUAAUUCAAACGCAAGUAAACUACAGCUCGAGUCACCUGCCAUAUCUGUUACUGAUGUGUGUGUGUGUGUGUAGUUUCCAUGCAGCUGGAAAGUCGGUCCAGCCUCUCGUGCUUUGACGUCACGCGCCUCAGUGUUCACACAUGGAAGUGAUCAUACACUCCACUCAACAGUUUAAGGUCGCAGAGCCUGGAGCUCACAGAGCAGCAGGCUAUCUCUCUAUCUAUUUAAUCAGUCGUGUUUAUCCUCUUAACUCACCCGACUCGUGCUUUUUUGCAUAGAGGCUCGUGCACUAUUCUUCGGCUUGUCUCUGGUAUUUUUUUUUUUUUUUUGCCUGCACGGAAUACGACUGACAUGUCCAGACCUCUGACCAUGAACCCAACUUUUCUACCUCCUCCAACUUACGGAGUGCUCAAAUCUCUCCUCGAAUAUCCAAUGAAGCUACCACUGCACCACGAAGAAGUUUAUGAUAAGGAGAAGAAGUUGGAGGAAGAGAGGAAUGUGCCGCACUCUGCCUUCCUGGGCCCAGUACUUUGGGAUAAGACCUUGCCUUACGAUGGCGACAAUUUUCAGUUGGAGUACAUGGACCUUGAAGAGUUUCUGUCUGAAAAUGGUAUUCCAUCCAGUCCACCACAGCAUGAGCAAAGCCAGUGUCCUCAGCAGCAACAGCAGCAGCAGCAGACCCCUGUCACCGUUAUGGACCUCAGCAACAGAGUCAGCACCUCCAUCCACACAAGCAUGGUCUCUCAACCCUGCCUCCAGAGUCCCACACGAACAGUGUUGCCUUCAUCACGCAAUACUCCUAGCCCAGUUGACCCAGACUCCAUCCAAGUUCUGAUGAACUAUGAGCCCGACCCAACAGACCUGGCUCUGUCCAGUGUGCCAGGCCAGGAAGCAUUCAACCCUCGCAAGUGCAGGUUUUCUGAGGAAGAGCUUAAACCUAAGCCAAUCAUCAAAAAGGCACGCAAAGUCUUCAUUCCUGAUGACAUUAAGGAUGAAAAAUACUGGGCACGGCGCAAAAAAAACAACAUGGCUGCCAAGAGGUCACGGGAUGCUCGGCGCCUGAAGGAGAACCAGAUUGCCAUCCGCGCGGGUUUCCUGGAGAAGGAGAACUCCGCUCUUCGACAGGAAGUGGCUGAUCUGCGGAAAGAGCUUGGACGCUGUAAGAAUAUUCUAGCAAAGUAUGAGGCUCAUCAUGGCCCUCUCUGAGGCCUACAGGCUCGUGUAAUAGGAAGGACGAUGUAACGUUGUAAAGCCCUUUCAACAUUUAAACCUGUCGACUAUCACCUCUCUCUGUUCUUGGCACUUUAGAAUUCUGUGUUAGUGUGAGGUCAUGUUUGAGUUACGUUUUAUUAGACAGCCAGUUUUUUUUUUUUUUUGGUUUUGUUUUUUUUUUUAAACAGAGAUUUUUUUGGUACUAGGAAUGUUUCUUUCUUAUUCAUGUAUUCUGCAUAUGUUUUAGAAGUGUUGUAGCAUUUAAUUGUACAAAAAAUCUAUUAUUUUUUUUGUUCGUCAUAGUAGUUACAUUGUUAAAGUUUUUAUUAAUAAAGUAAAGUACAAUUUGCAGGCUUUAUAUGUUUAGUGAGUCAGCACUCCAGUGUUCAGUCUGGUGAGCAAAAUUUACAUUUAGGCCUCACACUAGUUUUCUCUACAAUGGCCUGCUGUUUUCACAGAGAGAGUAAAUUAUAGAAAAAUAUAUAUAAAAAGGAAUAUUUAUGGGUACGCUUUUUUAACAUGACAAUUUUUUAUUCAACUAUUUGACUCUGUAAGUUGUUACAUGAUUGUUACAUGCCAUUUCCUAUAUCCCGGUUUAUAUCAGAUUGGGGUUUGUGUUUAUAUAUAGCCAUCAUACCUCUCACAUCAGCAUGUUUUUUUUUAAUGCUUAGACCAUAUUUUGAUCUUUAAUAUUAAAUAUUUCAUUUUCUGGCUACAUUUAACAUUAUGUCUUUGAUACCCAUGUUCACUUUUACUCUCAUUGUAGGAAUUAUGAUGAGAUAAAUUAUAACACUAUACCUGUGGCAAUAACUUUAUUGGCUUCUAUACUGAACAUGAAUGGAGUUAGCAUUUGGAACAUUUUGUUUAUUGAAAUAAAGGUAAAUGAUACUG